GCCGCCGCCGCCGCCGCCGAGCGCGAGCCCCGCCGAGCGCCGCCGAGCGCCGGGACCGCGGCGGCUGAGCAGCUGCACGCAUUGCAGAGGGCGCGGAGCGCAGCGGCAGCUGCCUGCCGGAUCUGAGGGACAGCACACGUCCCCGGAGUGUCCCCGCCUUUUCCGCGGGGCUGCCGCAGGCUCGGUGAGCUGCUUUUCCCCUCCGGCCGACAGGCUGGGCGCGCAAGGGCGCGGGCCCCCGCCGGGCGCGCAGAGGCACCAUGGGCACGGUGCUAUCCCUGUCCCCCAGCUACCGGAAGGCCACGCUCUUUGAGGAUGGCGCGGCCACGGUGGGCCACUACACGGCCGUGCAGAACAGCAAGAACGCCAAGGACAAGAACCUGAAGCGGCACUCCAUCAUCUCCGUGCUCCCUUGGAAGAGGAUCGUGGCCGUGUCGGCCAAGAAGAAGAACUCCAAGAAGGUGCAGCCCAACAGCAGUUAUCAGAACAACAUCACGCACCUCAACAAUGAGAACCUGAAGAAGUCACUGUCGUGCGCCAACCUGUCCACAUUCGCCCAGCCUCCACCGGCCCAGCCGCCCGCACCCCCAGCCAGCCAGCUGUCUGGGUCCCAGACUGGGGUCUCCUCUGUCAAGAAGGCCCCACACCCUGCCGUCACCUCCGCAGGGACGCCCAAACGGGUCAUCGUCCAGGCGUCCACCAGCGAGCUGCUGCGCUGCCUGGGUGAGUUUCUCUGCCGCCGGUGCUACCGCUUGAAGCACCUGUCCCCCACGGACCCCGUGCUCUGGCUGCGCAGUGUGGACCGCUCGCUACUUCUGCAGGGCUGGCAGGACCAGGGCUUCAUCACGCCGGCCAACGUGGUCUUCCUCUACAUGCUCUGCAGGGAUGUUAUCUCCUCUGAAGUGGGCUCGGACCAUGAGCUGCAGGCAGUCCUGCUCACCUGCUUGUACCUCUCCUACUCCUACAUGGGCAACGAGAUCUCUUACCCACUCAAGCCCUUCCUGGUGGAGAGCUGCAAGGAGGCCUUUUGGGACCGUUGCCUCUCUGUCAUCAACCUCAUGAGCUCCAAGAUGCUGCAGAUCAAUGCCGACCCACACUACUUCACACAGGUGUUCUCUGACCUGAAGAAUGAGAGUGGCCAGGAGGACAAGAAGCGGCUCCUCCUAGGGCUCGAUCGGUGAGCCCUGUAGCCCGCACCAUGGCUCAAGGAUUCAAUGCAUUUUUAAAAAUUUAUUAUUAAACAGAUCAGUUUUGUGUACAGUAUGUGUCUAGCAAAGCCACCAAGGGUCUCUCCCUUCUCAUGUUAAUCUCCUUGGGGAUUUUUUCAGCCCUGCCAAGAACUGUGGGCACUUUCGAACUCACAAACCUUGUGCAAAACCCAGAAAAUGUAUUCAGAACCACGGAGGACUGACCUCUCACUUUGGGGAACUCCAAGGACUGCUGUGCCCCGCCACCUGUGCCCUUGUGUGGAUCUAGGGUGGGCAAGGCUGCCCACUGCUCCCUAGAUGGGAGCUGGAGAGGAGUCUUUGGCUGGUUGGCCCAGGGAGGAACUGAGGUUUCCAGUUGGAGGCCCUUUUCUGGCUUCUGCUUUGGGUUGCUCACCCUCCCAGAGGCUCCAGGUGCCAGCUGCCCUGACUGAGCCACAGUGGGACUGUGAGGCAGGGUCCCUACUGUCCUGAGACAUCUUGCAAUCUAGUGCAAAGAUUGUGUCUGGUUGUUUGACCAUGCAUGGUCCUGGCUUGCUGUUUGCUUUUUUAGGGAGAAGGGCUUUAGUGGAGAAAUAGAACUCCCUCCUCCCCCCUUAUAUGCUGCUCCCAGCCUGUGUUGGUAGUGUUGGCUAAUGAGCUGGUUUGACUCAUUAAAUUCUCUUAUUUUGGGUCCCAGCUAAAGGGGUGGGGUGACGCUGGGGACAGCUCCUUUCCUGGGAGAAUUUUUCAUUUGGAUAAUGCAGCAUAGUGCCCCUGUGGCAAAUUCCAAGAUAGCUGCAGGUGCCAGUUAGCAACAGCCUGCCUUCUGGUCAGGUGGGGGUGUGUGUGCCAUGCCUGAGACCAAGCCAGUGCCCACCUAAAGGCUGAGGCCUCUUGCUGGUGCAUGACAUAUGUCCUGCAGAGCCAAGGGGUAGGGGAAGCGAUGUCAGGGAUUGGGGUGAUGUGGUAAUGAUGUAUCCUCACCUCCACUCCUGUUAAUUUAAAGCUGUUUGCAAACAGUUCUUUUUCUUCUGGAGAGGAAACCUUGUGCCUCUCAAGGCCCAGUGAGACAGCUGGAUCUUGGAGACAAUUAAAAGAUGGGAGUGUGACUCCUGGUUGCUUUGGAAGCCUGCUGAUUCUACAGCUGAUCAUUUGCAGCUGGUGGUUUUGGUUUCCACCUUACCCUAGUGGCUGUAAAAACACAUGAUGUGUAUACUUUAUCGAUUUUCUUUCUAAUUCUCCCACAUUGGUGGCUUGGGACUUAGGAGAGGACCAAGAGAAGCGAGCCAAGUGUUCUUCCGUGGUCUGUCGCUCCGGCUUUGGAGAACAAAGACCAAUGUGAAGAUGCUACAGAAGAUUCUUCCAGUCCCAGGCCUCUGGGCAGUGCUGAGAUGUGGGACUGGGGUGGGGGGCGCAGAGGGUCCUUUUACAUAGGAUUAGGUUCUAGAUGGCUGCUGAUUUCAGCACAAGCACUACUGAUUUUCACAUAAAAAAGAAAGCUGUGAAAUUGAGGGCCCAAUUUAAGAGGCCUGGAGCAGAACCUGCCAGCCAGCAGUGCUCCCAGAGGCGGGGAAGAGGCCUGUGGGUGGAGAGCCUCUACCUGACUGCCCCUCCAGGCCCAGCUUAGCUGUUCCUGGACUGUCAGAUAAUCAGAUGCGGCGGGCACCGGGAGGAACCUGCCGCUGCUGGCACAGACUUCACCGCAGCAUCUUUCCUCUCUGUGGGGUUUCCACACAGCUAGCCUUGUGAUCCUGCUACCACUUGUGACCUGAGGUGGGAGACCCUGGUGGCAUGGAAGAGGGAGGGUCGGUGCCAAGUCUCAGGAGGAGGGCGCAGGUUUGUAAGUCACCUUCAGCUGGCUGAACCCGGCCUGGAACUGUGCAGUCAGGCUGCAUCCACAGGAUUCCAGUUUUGUGUCUGUUUUCUUCUCUUUCUCCGUAUUUUCUUUUUAUUUUUUUGGAGAAGGUGCACCUUUCAGGAGUGUUGGAGACUAAGGAGACAACUCUUCAGUCCCCUCAGUGUGAAGCCUGUCGCGCCUCCUCUCUCCCUUUGCACUGGUCAUCAGUAUUGUGUAAAGGAGCAACGGAUAUACUUGAGUGUGCAAGCAACCAACCCAUUGACAUGCUGCUAUGAAGACUACUUUUAGAAUAACAAUAAAAAAAGAAAAAACUAAUCUACAAAAAAAAAAAGACCCUUUAUUCUUUGUUGCUUUUCCAGUGAUAUUGUGCAUGCAAACCAGGAGCAUUUUGUGUCUUAAGAAAAAUAAUCUUAGAACAGAUGGCUGUGAAAAUUACACUCAUGCACAGAACAAGCCACAGGAGUAAUAGUCCAGGAUUUGGUUUCUUUCUCUUUUCAUCUUAAACCUGAAGGGUUGAUGUAUUCUUUCCAUGCAGUUAUUAGAAUUUAGUUUUGUUCCAGCAGUUGUUAAACUUGCAAUGAAAAGAAAACGUGCCAUUUUUUUCACUCAGAAUUAUUCAUAGCUGUAUAUUUGAAACUGCUAAUUACACGUGUGCUGUUUGUUGGUUUUUUAGUGCAAUUUCUUCUGUAGCUAUUCUUUGACCAAACUGUGGGUAUUGUUAAUAUUAAUUUAUAUUUGUCUCAUUUUGUAUGUAUGUGUAGUGUGUGAGUAUGUGUGGUUUAUAAUCCGACAAAGUCAUGAAGCUCAGUUUGGCUGUAAUUUAAUUCCCCUUCCCCUUAUUUUUAUUUUUGUACUGUGCUGAUUCAAUAAAAUGCACUGACCAUCCAUUA